AUGAGCCUGACGCUGUUGCAGGGCUACUCUUCAGCCGAGGAGGAGCCGGCGGAGGAGCAGGAAGAGGGUUUUCAGUCGUCGGAAGAGGAAGGGAGAGGCGCGCCUUCCUCUCUUAGCGAUGAGAAAGGGGAACACGUCCCUCCGAGGAAGAACCGGAGCGCUGCGGGGGUUUCGAACUUUCCCUACGGCUCCCCGAGUCUCCCAUCCAAUUCCUUGCUUCCUUCCGCCCUAGACGUCUUCUCCGAGGUAGCUCCCGUUAUCUCUGUCUAUUUUCCGAGCGGGGAGUAGUCCGCGAGAGUUUUAUUGACCCUAGUCUUCUUUUCUCGGGUUUUGCUUUCUGGAGGUUUCCGGGCCGCCGGAUUUCCUCAAUAACUCCGUGGAGGCGCUUUCGGCGGAACCGAGGGAUCCACAUAGGGAAACCGGCAGACGGGGCCAUGUAGGUCGAAAGCUCAGAAGAGAGAAGGAUCUCCCAGCAGGUAAGCACGAGCACUAUACUCACAGAUCUGGCUACUCAUUACUCGGUAGAGAUACUGUGGUUCUUCAUUAUGAUUGAGAAGAUGACUCGAGUCCAAGUUUUCGAACACAUUAAGAGUAUGGAAAUCUAAGUGAAAACCACAGAACCUUUCAGAUUUUGGACGGCUUUUCAUCUAAGGAAAUUUAGGUAGAAAAACCGUAUUUAUUCGUAUUGAAUGGUGUCAUGUUAACGCAAAACAAUCUGACCUUGGAAUAUUGGGAAAGGAACAACGAGAGUAAUCAAAAUUGAUGGGAAUUCGGUGAAUAUCAACCCCAGAGGACCAGAGCAGGCAGAAAUUUUUCAGUGCGGGAUCUUCAUAUAAAUCUAACACGAAGAUAAGUUUUAUAUCAUACACAAUGGAGAAAAUUAUGUAAUUAACCAAUUUAAUGGAAAGUGGUAAAUAAUAAAUUUAGAAAUGAGGGUGAACACGAGAGUUGAGGUUCCUUUUCUCGUAAAAAUGUUAAUAUUUGAAAAAUAAUGAUGUUCUUUGAUGAUCUUCUAGUUCCAGCGACACCUGAUGGGGCUAAAGCCAACCCCUUUGGGUACAUGGAGGGACUGAUAAGCGUUGACGAGGUUUUCUAAUUAGAAGAUAAUGAAAGGGAUGAUAUAUUGAUUUACUGGAUUGGAAUGAGAAAUCUACUUAGCUGGGCUUCAGUCUUUAUAGUACAAGGCCUGCAGUCAGAAUCCGAGGCAUUUUAUCUUGAAAUUAUUUAGUGACCCUCUAGGGGCAAGACAUGAAGAUGCCCCAGCUUGUCUGAAGGAGGCAUCAAUGGCUUAAAUGGCUUGAAGCACUCAUCAGUGGCAUCAACAGAGUUGAAGUAUAUUGGUCUCUCAAAUCAGUAAUCUGUCUUGCAGAAAGUUACAAGAUACUCCUUUUAACACUCUCCAUUCAUGCCGCCCACAACAAUAUGGGUCAGGUAAGAUCAUUCAGUUAAAUAGACUGGUAAUCAUGUCUUAUAUGGGAAGUGAAAAUUUAGAAGUUCUAUAAACGAAAUAAGAUGAGUUGAGGCCAAAUUUUAGUGAAAAGAAGAAAGGCAGAGCAAAUGAUGCCAAGAAAAAUUUAGCAGUCUCUGGAAUGAUCAAACCUUGGGCUGUAUAAGAUUAGUUAGAUCUAAAAAGCAUAGGAAAUGGAACUUGUUCCGACCACUUUCCCAUUUCAGUGCUUCAAUUAGGGACUAAAGCACGAAUCAUUUGAAAAAAUGUUUCAAUGGUUUUUUGGUCAACAUUAUUUAUGCUUCUUUAUAUUCAUUAUAGUACAUCGUAUUUAUAUAAAUUUUCAAAUCACUUUUUGUCAUAAUGUUUUUUACGAAUUUAAUAAUGAAAUUACUAUUAAAUUAAUUAUUUUCGCGAACAUGUUAGCCGACAUGAAUUAUUUAUCUUUAUAUUUAUAUUCAUAUUUGAAAAACUCUUUUUAUCCAAAGCAUCACAACGUCCCUAUAGGCAAUCUUUGAACCUUGUUGAAGAAUGAUUUUUCUAUUAGUACGGUAAUAAAAUAAUUCAAAGGAUAAAAUGGGCCGAAAAUUUCAUGCCCAUUCAAUACACACAUCUAGAUCAUCACUGUAGCAAUAAAUACAUGUCAAAAGAAAUAUAGGGAAAUAUCCUCACAAAAAGGAGUGAGUGCUUCUCAGCAGCUCCAUAGCCACAAUUCCUGUCUUGUCUACUAGAUAUCCUUCUUAGCCCUUUCUUAAGAGGGAACUGAGCUAAUAGUGACCUGAAGGAAAAUAGGUGCCUAACCUCAGCAUCGAUGUGAAGGAAUAGAAUCAAAUAAAGAAACAGAAUCACGAAUUAUUUUCUGGUGUUACGAUCUUCAUUUCCAUGUUCCUUUCCAAAACGAAUCCCUGAUCAUGGUUAUAAGAAGGCAGGGAAUCCUGAGCUAUUCUUAUGGAUUUUUCCUGGGGGGCUCCACGAAGAGCAAGGAAGGAUUUAUCUGACAGGAGCGUAAAUCUUCAUGUGAAGUCUCGCCUCUUGUUAAAGCAUUUUUUCCUGAUCUUGGUGAAGUCUUGUCUCUCGUUAUAGAUCUUGAUAAAGAAUUUGUUCCUGAUGGGGAGCCCUAGGAUUUUGUUAACACCAGGGGGGAAGAUCAAGUCAUCCUAGCUUCAACAAGGAAGAUCAAGAAGACUCCCGGUGGAAAAUGUUCAACUUCUCUGAUGGUCACUUGCAACAUCAUUGCUAUUUAAUCUAAAGUAGUCAUACUCAAGUCAACUCUAUGAAGCAGCAUUUGAUCAUCUUAAUUAUUUCAUUUUUCUUGUGAACCCGCAUUUUUUCCAUGGGCACCUUUUUUUUUUUGGUUUCCACUGCGCCUCCUUCAGCACGGCAGCACAGCAAGUAAUAGCAAUAAUCAAGCGGUGGCAGCGGUGGACUGCAAUCCGUUUGCCGCUUUGCCUUUUAUAGACCUCUCUCCUCAUAGAAUUCUUGUGAUCUCAGGCGUCGUUGUGGAGGCCAAACCGCAGCUUGUUGGCAUCCGGGAAAGAGUGAGGAGUGAUCUUGACGGCGGCCAGGCUCCACAAGAAGGGCCUGGGAUUGUGAACCCUGGCGAAGGCAAGAGGGUCAUCACUGCCGCCAAUCCUGAACCAGAGGACGCCGCAGAGCUUCUAAGGUGACCCAUAUACCACGCUCAUGGUCAAAGAUUUAUUUUUUUCAUGCUGGUCCAGCGCCGCAUGCUUUGAAUAUAUAAAAAUUACCGGGAUAUAGAAAUGAAUGAUGACCAAUCAUUCCUCAAAUGGGUGUGUAGAGUAGAUAAUCAUGCAGUCGCCAAUGGCUGCUCAAAGUGAGAUGAGGUGAUCGAUUGAUUUUUAUUUUUUAUAUUUUUAUAUUUUUAUAUUUUGUUUUUUUUCUCUGCUCCUCUGCAUGCAGGAUGUGCAUCCAAUGCGGGGUGCCAAAGACCUACACGCACUCGAGAGGGAUGAUCUGCCCGAUAUGUGGAGACAGGCCGCCGGCAGAACCAGGCGCAGUGCGAGAGAGGAAGGGCUCCACGAUCAAGGACAAGGAGAAGAGCAAGAGGAUGAGGGGACAGUCGAGCCACGCCACCUGGAAGAGCGAGACCGAGAUGCACCUGAGACAGCAGUUCGAUUGA